GUGAGAAGCCAUGGAGUGGCAUGAGAGCAAAGAGGAGGAGCGCAGAGAGUCCGACCGAUUUGCACGUAGGAUUGCUGCAGCGAAUCAGCGAUGCCAGUCCCGAGCUACUCAAAGGUAUUGCAGGUGCCUUGAAAAGUGCAGCGUUGAGCGACAAAGAACAAACUCAACUCCUUCGAGGCCUAGCAGAUGCUGCGCUGUGGAGUCACUGCCUGGAGCAUCUUCAGGGAAUCAGGAGCACUGGCCUGCAAUGCAACAUGGUCCAUGUCAAUGCUGUCGCAGCUGCCAAAGUGGAUCGCUCUUGGCCUGUAAUGAUGAAGCUGCUGGAAAUUACCAAGACAUGGCGAGGGUUGGAGCUGGACACAAUCAGCUUCAACACCGCUGCGGGAAGCUGCAUUGGAAGUGGCGAAUGGAUUCACGCCCUACACUGGAUGGCGCUCUUGGUUUCCGGUGGCUUGAAAGGAGAUCCAACAAGUCACAACAUGGCGCUUGCCUUGUUUGACAAGCUGGGGAGGUGGCGUAUGGUGCUGCAUGCCUUUGAUGAGAACCAAGCCGAUGUGGCAAGCUACAGCAUGGUCAUGCGCAACGCUCGGCUUGAAGGUAGCUGGCAACUUGCAAUUGCCUUGCUGGACAAAAUUCUAGAUGCAAAACUGCGGUUGGACAACACUGCUAUGAACACAGCGAUUGCGUGCAUUCCAAGAUGGGAAAUUGCAACUGAAGUGCUGCUGAGCAUGAGUUCCAGAAGCAUGCCAAAGGACAUCGUCACAGUGAACGCAGCAGUCAAUGCCUGUGAAAAGUCCUUGAAGUGGAGCUGUGCAUCCUCGCUAUUGAUGAAUGCAGGUUGCUCCCAGUUGCAGGCGUCCGAAUGGAGCUUUAAUACUUUCGCCAGUUCUUUGUUCAAAUCGAAGCAAUGGAGGGCAGCGCUGGACCUGGGCGAUGCCACAGUCACAAGAGGUGUUUUGGCAUUUUCCUUCUCUAACUCCUGGAGCUUUGCCCUGGCAGCCACCGAGUCUGUGAACAUGGAUGACAUUGCCUGGAGCGCCAUUGUGAGCGCUUGCGAAAAGACAGUGCAGUGGGAGGUGGCCUUGGCUUCUCUUGCUAGGAUGUCGCAGACUCGCCUGCAAGGAUCGAUUGUGGUGUGCAAUGCCGCCAUCAGUGCAUGCGGCCAGCAAUGGAGACAUGCGUUCAGGACACUGACUUCAAGCCACGCGGCACAAGUGCAAAUAGACCUGAUCUCCUGGAAUGCUGUGUGCAGUGCAGCGGAGAAAUGCUCCAAGUGGCACAAGGUCUUUGCAUUGGUAUCUCAGCUGCGGCCGGCUGCAUUGCCUGGUCCAGAUGCUUUCUCCUAUGGAGCCGCUUUCUUUGCUGCAGCGGAAACAGCUUGGACAGUAGCACUGCAACUUCAAGGUGACAUGCAAAUGCAAGCUCUGCAACUCGAUGUCAUCAUGCAGGGAUCUCUUCUUCAAGCUCUAAUGGCGCAUCGCAGUGCAAAGGUGGAGGACAGCUUUGACCGCCUCUCUGCCUUGGCAAUCUCCCUGUGUGGCAUGGUAAAAAGAGCUGCUCCCGGCGCUGAGAGCGCAAGAGUUUGAAAUAAUGACAGUCAGACUUGAUGCGGAAGCGCUCCAACAUCAACUUCACUUUGUUGAUGGGUAUAUUGAUGCUUUCGGGCUGCUUUGGGCGGGCAUUUGCUCUAGUCGUGUCUAUGCAUCCUUGUCAUUAUUCAGCG